AUGGCAGCCACGAUCAAAUUCCAUGAGAAAUUAAACAUAUCAGUGAACUCCAAUGUAAAGGGAACUGAAUACGUUCUGAAUCUUUGCCAUCGGAUGAAAAGAUUAAAGGCGUUCAUCCACGUUUCAACAGCGUACUGUAAUACAGAUCAACAUUUAUUAGAAGAGAAGGUGUACCCACCCAGAGUAAAAAUUGACGAGGUCCUCAGGUUUAUAGAACAGGACGACCAGGAUGAGGAAGUAAUUAAAAAAAGGUUUUUAAAAAGUUUACCGAAUACCUACACAUUUACUAAAGGUCUAGCAGAAAACUACGUAUUGGAUCAUCAUGGCAAUAUUCCUACAGUUAUCGUGAGGCCUUCAAUAGUGUCACCAUCUCUAAGAGAACCUUUAGAAGGCUGGACAGACAACUGGUUCGGCGCCACGGGAAUGAUAGUUGCGACUGUCAAGGGAGCUAAUAGAGUCAUAUUUGGACAUCCACAGAACGUGCUAGACCUAAUACCGGUGGAUUAUGUCGUAAAUGCUAUUAUUGUAGCUGCUUCUCAAUGUCGUGAAACCCUGGCUGUUUACAAUUGCUGCACAAGCUCCUGCAAUCCUUUAACCUUACAAAUGCUCUUAAAUUGUGUCAAGGAGACUGCUAUCGCAAUUGGAUUCCAUGACAACUCUUUUCCAACUGUGAUAUUCACAAACAAGAAAUGGAUGCUGCUAAUCCUGACGUUUCUACUGCAAAUAAUACCUGCUUAUGUGGGUGAUUUGAUUCUUUGGGUGGUGGGGAAAACACCAAAGUACGUAAAAUUGCAGUCUCAGGCGAUCGCAGUCCGAAGCCUCAUCAAUUUCUUUACGUCUAAUUCCUGGGAGAUGAAAGUGGAUAAUGUUAAAACUCUAUACGCAUCUCUUUCACAUGCUGAUCAAAGAGAAUUCCCAUGCGAUCCCUCCGAUAUUAACUGGAACAAAUAUAACAACAACUUUGUACUCGGGAUUAAAAAGUACCUAAUGAAUUAG